CACUUCGCAUGUUCUUCCGAUCUCAGUCCGUUCUGCUUCUCCUUUCCUGAGUUUGACGGUCAUGGAUUGACCAUCAGAUUCAACCACAACCGUCAGAAGCCGUGAAGCCCCGAUCUCUAGCAAUAGGUAAUCCAAGCGAUUGCACCCUCGCCUCCGUCUCUUCAGCACUGCACGUGAUUCUUUCUCUCGCUUGUGGUUUAUCAGCUCAUGAAUGGAAAGUCUGCCCCAAAUGAUGGUGAGUCUGAAUCCCACUGAGGUGAACAAGUUGGAUGAUCAAGCGAAUACCGAAACGGGUCUACUCGCUCUCACAAAGCGGCAUCGACCCGAGUACAUAAGCAGCAACCCUUGCAAGACCCAGGACCAGGACACAGCUAUGGCCGAGAGAACUUGUGGAGCUGAAACAACUGUGCCGCCGGCACUCGAUCACCCAGGUGAGGCGAAAGUGAUAUCAUCUAAAACAAUGUUGCAUCAAGUUUGUUCUGCAAACAAGUGGAAGCUCCCUGAAUAUGAAUGGCGCUUGGAGCAAGGUCCUGCACACAUGACACUGUUUACCUGCAAGGUCAUUGUCGAGAUUCGGGUUGAAGAAGCCGCAUCCUCUACGUUCCUGGAGUGUUUUAGUAAUCCCAUGCCCCAAAAGAAAGCGGCAACAGAGCAUGCGAGUUCAGGAGCUAUCUGGUAUUUAAAGCAGCUUGGUUACUUCCCCCCUGAGGGAAAGGCUAAGAGUAAGAGAAGGAAGAAUAACCACAAGAAGCCGAAAACAGAGGGAGUGUACGACUCCACGAGCUAGUGGAAAUCUCAAGUGGGUUUCUUGCUAACUUCUAAAGAUUAAGUAGGCUUCUACCAAAAAAGAAAAAAAAAGAAGAAGAUUAAGUAGGCAUGUGUAAACUUGAAGAAUACAAAUAGCGUGUACAAACUACAAACAUGCACCGGAAAUCUCCCUGUAUCUCUGGGUCCUGUGCUUGCUAUCUCAAUAUGAACAGCGCGAUGUCAUGUUUUGUUAAAAUCUUUGCAUCAUAGAGGAUAAUGAUAUCCAGGGUGGUAAAAGUAUA